AUGGACAGUCCAACGCACGGGCCCACGGGCGACGCGUUGCUGCCGCUGGAUAUUGGCGACGCGCUGCCGCAGGAUAUUGCUGAUGCGCUUGGGCCUGGACUGAGCGAGUUUGGAGACGACGAAGCCGACGACGUCGUCGAAUCGCAAGCUAACGACGAAGACAGCGAGUCGUGGGCCUCAGACCCGCCCGAAGUUGUAGUCGCCUUGGCCAUUUCGGAGUCGCGGGCGCGACUAAGCGUCAUGCUCCCGAGCGAUUCGACGCCGGUUAUCGACACCCUCAGCGACCGCGCGAUCGAAAGGCUCGCGCGGUUGCCACGCACCACCGACGAACGACAGCCACUGCGUGGCGCCCGGCUCUCGCGCGUCUUUUCUGUGCCAGAGAGCGAAGCCCGAGCGCCUGAGGUCCUCACAGCGUCGACGACGCAGCUCAAGAGCGUGGGCGCAAUGUUGGGACCUUCGCCGUCGCGCACACUCGUCGCAUCGCCGUCAAAGGCGCACGUGGAGCCACCGGUGUCUCGUGUAGCGACGCGCAUUGCGGUGCCCAAGCAAGGCAAAGAGGACCUGCGGCUCGUAGCCGACAAUUUUACUGCCGACGAAUCACGACGCUACUGGUUCAUCCUGCUGCCCACCGCUCCGGCGCUCGUGGUCUGGAACGGCAUUCAAACUGGCGCUCUCCUCUAUGUCUGCAUCGUCGCGCCGUAUUUUAUUUGCUUUACGACUCAGCCGCUCGAGGGCUACAUUGCUCACUACAAUAUCACCUUGGACCAGCUGCGCGCCACGUACGCCUGGGUUGACACGACCGACCGCUGCAUGGACCUCUUCUUCGGCGUCGACAUUCUGCUCACAAUGCGCCUCGCGUUUGUGGACCCGAGGUCCGGGAGCGUCGUGCGUGACCCGAGAGCUAUUGCGCGUCGGUACAUGUGCGGGUGGCUCCUCUUUGAUAUUCUCGUGACGCUGCCGUGGGACCUUCUCGUUGCCGAACCAAACGCUGUCGCGAGCCUCGUCCGCGUUUUUCGGCUGGCCAAGCUCGCCAAGGUGCUGCGGCUCGUCAAGUACGGUCAAAUUCUCGAAUUCUUUGAGGACCGAACCCGCCUGAGCCGGAACGCGGUCGUCGCGUUUGAGCUCCUGGCGACGAUUGCGCUCGUCGCGCACUACACCGCCUGCGGAUUCUACCUCGUGGCCCGCCUGAACGACGACUACCUCAACACAUCGUGGCUCGCCACACUGGGCUUUCUCAACGAAUCGCCGUGGAACCUCUACGUGAUUUCACUCUACUGGUCGCUGACGCUCAUGACGACAGUGGGCUUUGGGGAUGUCUACCCUGUCUCAAUCUACGAGCGCAGCUUUGCGAUCUUGGCCAUGGGCGUCUCGGCCGCCGCCUACGCCUACGUCAUCGCGUCCAUGUCCUCGAUCGUGCUGCUCAUGAACGUCAACGAGACGCGCUACUACGAGCGUCUGAACGAAGUCAACGCCUACAUGAAGGCGCGGGACCUCCCCGCCUUGCUUCAACUGCGCACCCGCAAAUACUACCGGUAUUUUCUGCAGCGCAAAACCGUCUACAACGAAGCUCGCAUCCUCCACGACCUGCCUUCCAACCUCAAAAGCGAGGUCGCCGAGCACUACGCCAAAGUCACGAUCCGCAACGUCGUCUUCUUCCACGAUUUACCAAGGGGUUUUACUACCGAGAUCGCGAUGCGGCUCAAGCCAACAUUCUGCCCGCCCAACUCGGUCGUCCUUACGAAAGGGGAGGUGGCCAACGAAAUGUAUAUCAUAUCCAAAGGCAUGCUGCACGUGACACUGCCGCACAAAGAAUCACAACAGGACAUUGGUAUUACGUACCUCUACGACGGCGACCACUUUGGAGAGAUGGCGCUGCUGCUCACAGACCAGGAGCGAAAACGCACGGCCACGGUGCGCGCUGAGCUCUACAGCGAGCUGCACGGGCUCGAGUACGAACACCUCGAGUCGGUCCUCGCGCGGUACCCGAUUGUGCUCGAGAAACUCAUGCACAUGGCCGUCGCGCGCAUGAUUCUACUGACAAAUCUGCAGAAGAGCAAGGUCUCGAGCAUGAUCUUGGCCAUGCCCAAAAAAGGCGCGGCCCAGAAAUUCCAGCACAUUGCGUCGCAGUCCAAGCUGCGCAUCACAAAGCAGCUUAUCCGCCGACUUUCCCUCACCGCCAAGCUGUGA